CUACUGCCACCCACUUACUGUGGGUGGCAGUAGCUAGUAGCACGGUAGUUUGCUUGAUCGUGAAGUCUGAGCCGACGAAGCAAAGUCAAGUAGCGAAGAUGGCGGUAUCGGUGUUUCCCUGUGUGCGGUUGCGGUCCAUCGGGGACGCGAACGGAGAGAUCCAGCGACACUCCGAGCAACAACCCCUGAGGUUGGAGGUUAAAAGCACCCCAGACACGGCUCUCCUUAAUCUCUCCAAUAGCGAUGAGACCUCAGUCUUCAAGUGUUCGUUGUCCAGGGAAACGGAAUGCAGUCGUGUGGGGAAACAGUCAUUCAUCAUCACACUGGGCUGCAACAGUGUCCUGCUACAGUUCUCCACACCUGCAGAGUUUACUUCCUUCUAUAACAUUCUGAAGAGUUGCCGGGGCCACAAUGCAGAACACUCCGUCUUCAGUGACCGGACAGAAGAGUCCUCUGCUGUGCAAUACUUUCAGUUCUAUGGCUAUCUCUCUCAGCAGCAGAACAUGAUGCAGGACUACGUUCGGACCGGAACCUACCAACGUGCCAUCCUUCAGAACCAUGUUGACUUUAAGGACAAGGUGGUGUUAGAUGUGGGCUGUGGUUCAGGUAUUCUGUCGUUCUUUGCGGCGCAGGCCGGAGCCAGGAAGGUCUACGCUGUGGAGGCUAGCACCAUGGCCCAGCAUGCAGAGGUGCUGGUAAACUCCAACGGAAUGGGGGAUCGUGUGGUGGUGAUAGCAGGGAAGGUGGAGGAGAUCUCUCUACCAGAGCAGGUGGACAUCAUCAUCUCUGAGCCCAUGGGAUACAUGCUCUUCAACGAGAGGAUGCUGGAGAGCUACCUGCACGCCAAGAAGUUCCUCAAGCCCAAUGGUAACAUGUUCCCCACUUUAGGUGACGUCCACCUGGCUCCCUUCACAGACGAACAGUUAUACAUGGAACAAUUCACCAAGGCCAACUUCUGGUAUCAGCCAUCGUUCCAUGGUGUUGAUCUGUCAUCACUGAGAGAAGCUGCAGUAGACGAGUAUUUCAGACAACCCAUUGUGGACACCUUUGAUAUCCGCAUCCUCAUGUCCAAGUCUGUCAAAUACACCGUCAACUUCCUGGACGCGAAAGAGGGGGAUCUCCACAGGAUGGAGAUUCCCUUUAAGUUCCACAUGAUGACGUCAGGUCUGGUCCAUGGUCUGGCCUUCUGGUUUGACGUGGCUUUCAUCGGCUCAGCGGUAACAGUGUGGCUCUCCACCUCCCCUACGGAGCCUCUGACCCACUGGUACCAGGUCCGCUGUCUGCUCCAGUCCCCUCUCUUCACCAAGGCAGGAGACACCCUGUCCGGCACUGCAACGCUCAUCGCCAACAAGAGACAGAGCUAUGACAUCAGUAUGGUGGCCCAGGUGGACCAGACAGGAAGCAAGUCUAGCAACCUGCUGGAUCUCAAGAACCCCUUCUUCAGGUACACAGGCAGCACGUCAGCCCCGCCCCCAGGCUCUCACUACUCCUCCCCCUCAGAGAACAUGUGGAGCAAUGGAGGAGUCUACAACAUGAACCAGGGAGGGAUGCCUGCUGUGUACGACGUCAGUACAGGGAUUGGUGGCGGUGGCUCCACUGUGUCUCACAACAAUCUCAUCCCUCUUGUGAACACAGGGGUAGUGAACCAUACAUCUUCUAGAGUUGGGUCUAUCAUGAGUACAGGCGUGGGCCAGGGAGUGGCAACUGGCCAAUCGGGGCCCGGCAACAGUCCUCAAUACCCAAUCAACAACAGCCAGUUCACCAUGGGCGGGCCUUCCAUCUCCAUGUCGUCUCCCAUGGCGAUGCCUAGCAACACUAUGCACUAUGGGAGCUAAGACCUACCAACCGUCCGUAGCUCCCCCUCUUCUCCCCCCUCCUUCCUCUCCUUCUCUGGACUUCCAACAGCUGGAAGGAAACCAAACUGGACUGAUAAUAUGGAUGUCCCUCUCCUCCCUUCAUCCCUCCGUUCUCUGAUCUCUCAGGCCCAGUCCAGAAUCAACUAGACACUGAAAGGAUUGGAUAGGUUUAGGGUUGUCAAAUGUCCAGUUUUUCCAGGAAUUCUGGUUGGAGGGUUUCUGAUUUCCUACUUAUUCCGUCUGGAUUGCAACCCGUUGAUAGGUUUAAGUAAUGUUGCCUAAACAUAUCCUUUUGUCUCAACACAUUCUGAGGCAGACUGAAAGGUGUGUGCUUGUAAGCAUUAUGUUUUAUGUAUCCACAGCCCACGUAGAAACAUCCAGAAGGAUCUUAUGUACUUACUGUGGCUAUAGGGGUUUAGAAACGUACACACACCGCUGUAUUAUACACACACACAGCCUCCUGCAGGACAGAAAGGACUUUGAGCUUCUGUGAAGUUUUACCAAUCACUCCCCUCUCCCCGCCCGUCGCUUUUAACCCAACGUCCCCAUCAAUAAAUUCUUCAAUCCUAACCUUUCACCCAAGGUUACCUUAUUCAACCGACCAAUCAAAGCAAACAGUCUGAGUGUCUAACCAAACCGGCAGCUGCGAGGGAGAGAAGGUGAUCCAGGUUUUAGCCAAUUGGGACAGGAGAUGGUCUCUGUAGGGUGGGGUCUGUAGCCGCUGUAGACUAGCCAGGGGUUCUGUUCUGUAGGGUGGGGUCUGUAGCCGCUGUAGACUAGCCAGGGGUUCUGUUCUGUAGGGUGGGGUCUGUAGCCGCUGUAGACUAGCCAGGGGUCUGUAGCAGCUGUAGACUAGCCAGGGGUCUGUAGCCGCUGUAGACUAGCCAGGGGUCUGUAGCAGCUGUAGACUAGCCAGGGGUUUGUAGGGUGCAUCGCUGCAGAUAGAAAUGCUACACUUAUUAUGUGUCAUGUUAAAACAGGAGUCAUGUGACCUUACUGAAUAUGGCCCCUGUUGUUUAGGGUAUAAUGUUUUAGCUGUUUAACAAGUGUUUAUCGGGACAUGUGAGAGACGUCAUGCAGCCUCCUAGGAUAUCCCAAAUGGCUCCAUAAAGCCCAGUGUACUCAUUUGAUUAAGGUCCCUUGGGGCUCUGGUCUACAGUUGUAUGCUAUAAUAGGGUGCCAUUUGGGACACUGACAGUCUCUUUGCAGACACAUGUAAAGUUUCAUGAGCUGAAAUAAAAGAUCCCAGCAAUUUUC